AUGCCAAAGCGCCACCGUGAGCCGGCCAUCAUGUUUCCUCUUGCUGUUGAAGACUACGGCGACGGAGUGGCGGAGCAGCAAAGUUGCAGCAGCGAUGAGUUUGAGAGCAGUGAGAUGGGGGACGACGGGAAUGUUUCUUCACCGGCCGGCACGCCGAGGGACAACACUGACGACAGCACUCCCGUGAUGAUGGACAGCAGCAGCAACGACGAUGAUGACAGCAGCGAUGGCGAUGAUGGGGAUAAUGCCAGUCUUAUCAAUGUGGUCUUUGGCGUGUACGAGAUGUCACGCGAUGUGAAUGGAAUCAUGCACCUGAUGGAUCAGCUCUGUCCGGACAAGAUGAAUGAAGUGGACCGCGAUGCAUUGGGUGCUGCGCUGCUAGCAAGCCCCUUUACAUCCGUCGUGAAAAUUGUGGGUGAUGACACGGAUGAAGCAGAGGAGCAGGGGCAGGAAGAGGAGGAGGAGGAAAUUUAUGGCAUAGCGAGUGUUCUUGAUCUGGCACACGACGACCGGCUAGACUCGCUGCUCACGAUGCUUACGAGUGGCAUCUGGCGCACCGUCGCCCCGGGUAUUCUCCCAACCGACAUUUUGAACUCCGUCGACGAUGCGACGGGGGGUUCGAAGUGUGUGCUGCUAGUUGGAGAGUACAUUCGCAAUGUUCCGCUGGAGUUGACGUCUCACAUCCUAAACGACAUGAUGGAACGCGUCGAGACCGCGUUUAGUUUAAAGAGUAACAUGAAGAAAAAGACUGGCGACGACGCGCACGCGACAGUCCGGGCGACAUUCCCAUGCAUGUUUGCGCUGCUGUCAAAGAUACAGCGAGCGGUGGAUGCCCCUGUGACGACACGAACGCCAACAGAGGCCAGGCAGGAUCCUCCGCGCAAGAAGAAGCGUGGCCAGAACGCAGCGCGGCAGGAGGAGUUUGACAUGUGCCAGUAUGUAUUUUGGCGCGAGGAGGACUCAAUUAUUUACGACUAUCGAGACAAGCGCAUCGCCACUGUGGCCUACCGUUGUCGCCCGCAGUACGAUGGUCAGCCGGAGAAUGAUAUUCCCAUCUCUAUCUUGUAUGUUGUGCCGUAUGGCGGGUUGAUGCAGGCAGUUGCGGAGAUCCAGAAGCGCGAGUCAACACAAGCGAACGUCGUGCGUUACUGA